UGCAGCACUCUGACAACUCUGUCGAAACAGCUGUUUGAGAUAUUGGCAUUUAAUUAUUUAUUUAAUAUUUAUCAUUACAAACACAUCCCAUGGAUACGGAGGAAAAAGAGCUAGAAGUGGUGCCUCCGGCAGUGCUCAGCCUGAGCAAUUGCCCAGGCACCACGCCCGGCACGCCGCAAAGCAAAAACCAGCUGAAGAAGCAACGCAAACUGGCGGAGUUUGCGGAACUCCGGAAGUUGCGACGCGAACGGGAGCGGGAGAAGAAGAAGCAGAAGCGGCGGGAGGCCAAGGAGCAGGGUCUGCCCAUCCGGACGGGUCCAUCCCGCAAGGAGCUCAAGAAACGCCAGGCGGUGGACGGCGGCCAGUCGGCACUCUCCGUUGCCAUCGAUCUGGAGUACGAUGACUUGAUGCAGGAGCGGGACAUCGCCAAGUGCGUGAAGCAGUGCCUCCGGAUCUACACCAUCAAUCGGCGGAGUGCGCAGCCGGGCAAGCUGCACUUCACGGGCAUUCGGCGAAACGGGCAUAUCCACGAGUCGUUUAGGAAGAAUGACGGCUGGGAGAACUGGCACGUGGAGUACCACUUCGACCGCGGACACACUGAUGUCUUCGACACCAGCCAGCUGGUCUAUCUCACCUGCGAGUCGGACCAGGUGCUAGACAAGCUGCAGCCUGGCUGCACCUACGUCAUCGGCGGCCUGGUGGACCACAAUCACUUCAAAGGCCUGUGCCACUCGCGAGCAACCGAGGCGGGCCUGGCCACCGCUCGCCUGCCGCUCAGCGAGCACGUGGACAUGAAGACGAGGGCCGUGCUCAGUACAUACCACGUUUUUGAGCUGCUGACCAAGGUGGCUGCUGGCCAGGAUUGGACAUCGGCCAUCCUAGACACGAUUCCGAUGCGCAAGGGAGCCAAGGCGAAGGUCACUAAUGGAAAGGAAACGCAGGGGCAGCUUCUCGUGCAAGACGAGGAUCUGGAGCAGGACGACGAUGAGGAGCAUGACGAGAAGAAACAGGAGGCUGAGGUGAAGGAACCAAUCCCAACCGUCUCAUCGGAAACCGAAACCGAAAACCAAUUGCUGGGCAGUUGACAACAGUCGAGAUCGCAAUUCGAGGUCUUUUUGAUUUUUAUUUCAGUUUCUUUUGUUUUUACAAAAUCACAUUUAGUUUUGUUUCGCAAAUUAAAUUACAACUUAAAAUACAUAGCGCAAAUAAUAAUUAGAAUACAAAAAAAAAGUGUGUUAUUUGAUUUUAUGUUUCAGUUAUGUUCUACAACGUACGAUGGUGGGCAGCGAAAAAAAUCGCCGGUAAAACGAUAGCGUCUUGUAAUUUUCGUUAAUUGUUUUGUUUGGUUUUUAUGAUUUGUGCACGUCAUAUGGCGAAUGGGUUUAAAAAUAGCACCGAACCAGAUUUCUUCAUAAUUUCGUUUGUUUACUAUAUUUGUCAUUUUUUUUGUUUUUGGUUUUUUAAUUGCUGCUUUAGGCUUUUGAUUUGGAUUCAGAUUAAGUAGCUUAACGCCCUCACAGCGACAUCUAUAUAAACCAUACAUAUAUAGGUGAGUGUAUCUGUAGUAUAUGUACAUGUUGCAUGCCGUCGCUCGUUGUUGUUUCUGUUUGUGGUCAGUGGAUAUAAACACAAAAUGGCAAAUACAAUCUAGAGUCAUACAGUAAAAUAGGAAUAAGCAUAAGGAUAUAUAAACACAAUAAUGUACAAAGCAAUCGAAAGAAAACGAAAAACAAAGAAAACAUCUUUUGGCUUAAUUUUAGGGUAGUUUUGGGUGUUUAAUUUAGUUUAGUUUCGUAUAUGUAUAUUAGCAGACCGAUCACUAGUGUAUAGCAGUAUAGCAAAAUAUAUAACUGAUCUCCACCUGGGAAAAUAUAACCGUUUCAACUGUCCGUGUCGUGUCGUCUGUCGGUUUGUUGUGUUCCGUGUUCUGUGUGUGUGUGUGUGUAUAGUGUGUGUAGCAUAUGUAUGUUAAGAUAAUAGCUUUAUAAUACGACAAAUCGGAGCGAUCUCCGACUCGAUCCCAUCCUUACUUGAAGUCAUCCGUUUCGAGUAUCUCAAAGUCGCUCUCAUCCGACGAAUCCAAGGCGG